GACACUUGCGACUUUAGACCGUGCCUGGAGUGUGUGGGACGUUUUCUGGACAUCAUUGUAAUGGCUGAACCCAGCUUCAAUGUAGAAGAUCUAAUUUCAAGAGCUAUGGAAGCUAAAACAUUUGCCUACAGUCCAUACAGCAAUUUCAGAGUAGGAGCAGCUCUACUUACAAGUGAUGGAACUGUCUUUACUGGAUGUAAUGUGGAUAAUGCCUGCUAUAAUCUUGGCAUCUGUGCUGAAAGGAAUGCUAUCUCCAAAGCUGUGUCAGAGGGCCACAGAAAAUUCAAGGCCAUUGCUAUAGCCAGUGACAUGGAGUAUCAAUAUAUCUCACCAUGUGGAGGCUGCAGACAAUUCAUGAGAGAGUUUGGCUUGGACUGGGAAGUUUAUAUGACGAAGCUGGAAGGGUCAUUCGUGAAGAGGAUGGUGGAGGAUCUGCUUCCAGAGUCCUUUGGUCCUCAGAACCUGAAAGAAGGAGUGAUUCCUGUUAAGAAUAGAAAUUAAAGUCCGGUAAACACAGAUAUGAAGAAAGGAAAAACAAUGGUUUAUUGUUUUGUACAAAUGCGGUGAGAAUUAAAAAUGACUUUCAUAUUCUGUCAUGCAUUACGAGGAAUAGUUGGACAUAACAUAGUCAUAUAACAUAUAUCACAUAGUUAUAGUUCUAUAUGUUGGCUGGGAUGUUUUGAUGUGCUCAGGUAAAAACUGUAAAACUAAGUGUUGGACCUACUAGCAAAUGAAGAAACUAUUAUUAUAGAACGAGUCUUUGUUUAUUGACAUUAACUUUUAUUUUUUUUAAUAUUUGCUCUGCCUCCUGCUUUAUUGUUUAAUCCGGUGUUGUGGCACUUUUAAUAUGAAAUGUAUAAAAACAAAGCACAUCGUAAGCAC